UUCCGGGGGGCGGAGGAUAGAGCUGGACCAGGUUGUGCCCGGCGGUACCUACGGCCGGGACCGAGGCAAUGGCUGCGGGCGUCUGGGCUUUGCGGCUCUGGCGGGCGGCCCCAGGUGGCGGGGCUGGCCGGCGAUUUAUAGCAACAUCAGCAGCUUCUGAGCUGUCACGGAGCCAACUGGUAGAAAUGCAGAAUGAUCUCUUUAAUAAAGAGAAAAACAGGCAGUUAUCACUAACUCCCCGGACGGAGAAGAUAGAAGUUAAACACGUUGGGAAAACGGACCCUGGCACUAUCUUUGUGAUGAAUAAAAACAUUUCAACCCCUUACAGUUGUGCCAUGCAUUUAAGUGAGUGGUACUGCAAGAAGUCCAUCCUGGCUCUUGUGGACGGACAGCCAUGGGACAUGUACAAGCCUUUGACCAAGUCCUGUGAAAUUAAAUUUCUUACUUUCAAAGACCGUGAUCCAGGGGAAGUUAAUAAGGCUUACUGGCGUUCUUGUGCCAUGAUGAUGGGCUGUGUGCUGGAGAGGGCGUUCAGAGAUGACUACGUGGUCAGUUUGGUCAGAGCUCCAGAAGUUCCGGUAAUCGCUGGAGCCUUCUGCUAUGACGUGGUUUUGGAUCAGAGACUUGAUGAGUGGAUGCCAACAAAAGAGAACCUGCGUUCUUUCACAAAAGAUGCUUAUGUUUUAAUUUAUAAAGAUCUUCCAUUUGAAACUCUGGAUGUUGAUGCAAAAGUGGCAUUAGAAAUAUUUCAACACAACAAGUAUAAAAUAGAUCUCAUAGAAGAGAGGGCAUCUCAGAACCCUGAGAGAAUAGUCACGCUGCACAGGUUCGGUGAUUUCAUCGAUGUGACGGAGGGCCCUCUUAUUCCAAGAACCAGUGUUUGUUCCCAGUACGCAGUGUCGGCAGCUCACGGUCGCCAGGCCCCCCACUCCCGUCUCGUGCGAAGGUUUCAGGGCCUCUCUUUGCCUGUUCACUUAAGAGCUGGAAACAGUGACUGGUGGACUGAGGCCCAUGGAUUGAUGGCAUUCUCCCUGAGUUAGACGGAUUUACUCUCCACAUCUCACACUCUCAGAAAGCCCUCUCACUUGCUUCCCGAUGGAGAGCAGGCUGUGCCUCUCCACAAACCCAAGGACCGGAAGCAAGGGCCAAAAUGUACCCGUCCACCAUUUCCAGUCCUCAAUUCCAAGUUCACCCAUCAGAUAAAUCACUCUAUCCCCGGAGAGAACAAAUUGAAAGGACAGAGUAAAGAUGAAAUUGUUGUUCCAUAUUUUUUCCUGUAAGAGAAUUGAGUAGAGCUCCUCUCCUGUUGAUAAAAGGACAAGGCAAGGGGAAUAGGAGGUGGACAAAGACCCUUUGCUUGACCAGAUUUUUAGUCAGGCUCCUGAACCUUCUCUUAAGCCCAUCUGUGCCCUUGCUUGUAGAAUCCAGUUUUAGAAAGAAUCUUGCUAAGUCAGUUUCACCAGAACCAGCCUGACUCUUGGUACAUCCUCACCCUCACACUCCUCACCCUUCACUGUGCUCCAGGGGACAUCUAAUUACCUGGGCCUGUCUUCAGCAAAGAAUCCCGUCAGGUCAGGUUCGUCAGAAUCCUCUGUACCCUGACUUUUCCUCUCAGUAAUUUUCCAUUCACCGACCCCUCCCCGGCUCCAUGGCAAUAAAUUCCCACAUGCUGGGGCCGCGUU